GUUAGUCUCCAGGCAACUCUCGUAGUAAAUAAAAUAUAUAUUUACUAGUUAUAAACUCUUAACAAAAAAAAUGGAUACAAUUGAUUUUGUUCUAAAAAAAUUAUCGCUGCGCCGCAUUGAUCAUCCGCCGAUCCUGACACGUGGCCAAAUCAUCUCAAUCGCCUUGAAGGCGAGCCUCAUGCUCAUAAGCGGAUACCUGCUGGUGGCUGGGGCCAACUGCCUCAUCGACAACUGCCAUUUGUUUGACAAUAAUCACAGCAAGGCCAAGAAGCUGGCCCAGAAGCAGCUGAAAAAACUGAACGAAAGCCUAAAGAAAUCGGGUGGACGGCAGCUGAAAUUUGGUGACUUGAGCGAUCAGGAGCUGAUCAUAGCCGCUGGUCUGGUCACACCGGAGGACAUCAAAGUCCAGUGGAGCGAUAUAGCCGGCCUCGAUGGCAUUGUUCAGGAGCUGCGCGAGACGGUGGUGCUGCCCGUGCAGCAUCGGGAGCUGUUCAAGGUAUCGCCUCUGUGGCGUGCGCCCAUGGGCGUGCUGCUCCAUGGCCCGCCCGGCUGUGGCAAGACGCUGAUUGCCAAGGCCAUGGCCAAGGAGGCGGGCAUGCGGUUCAUCAAUCUGGAUGUGGCCACGCUGACGGACAAGUGGUAUGGCGAGACGCAGAAGCUGGCCGCCGCCGUCUUCUCGCUGGCCAAGAAACUGGAACCGUCCAUCAUAUUCAUCGAUGAGAUCGACUCGCUGUUGCGGGCACGCGGCCACAACGAUCACGAGGCCACGGCCAUGAUGAAGACACAGUUUAUGCGACUCUGGGAUGGCCUGAUCACCGCCGGCAACUCCGCUGUCAUAGUGCUGGGCGCUACCAAUCGGCCCGAGGAUCUGGACAGGGCCAUUCUGCGACGCAUGCCAGCAAAAUUUCACAUUGGCAUGCCCGACAUCGGCCAGCGCCAGCAGUUGCUGCGCCUCAUCCUAAAGGACGAACAGCUGCAGGCAUCGGUGGACCUGGCCGAGCUGGCCGCACAAACGGAUGGCUUCUCGGGCUACGAUUUGAAGGAGCUGUGCCGGCACGCCUGCAUGCAUCGCAUGCGUCAAUUUAUGCGCGAAACUCUGCUGACUGAUGGCAGCAAAACGCUCGAAUUGAGUGCUGCGAAUGAGGAGAGCUUCAAGGACUGCCUGGACGUGCAGCUGCACAUGGAGGAUCUGCUCGAAUCGCUGAGUGUGAUGCAGAAAUCGCGAUGCACAUCGUCCAACAAGUUCACCAAGGCCCAGGCCGCUAGGGCCAAAAGACGUUGAUUUCAAUCAAUUUUGUAGAAAUUUUAAAAGUU